AUGGCCUUUCGUCGCCCAGCUGCGCCUGCUUCACCUCAGGCGCGCCGACGUUCUUUCGCUGCAAAGACGCCGCCAGAGAAUGCAUCGAAGAAGUCGCCCACGAAGCCCGCCAUGUUCAGAAUGAGUGAGAGCCGCGCCGCUUUGGCAUUGAAGCCGGACUGGCAGACCCGGGAAUCCCUCGCAAUCCACCUCUUCGAUGUCCCGAACGAUGCGAAUGCAAAAUUAAUCUAUGCGGCAUUCAAAUCGGAGGGAACGCUGUAUUCAAUUGACCUCUACGAGGACUACACUGGUAAACGCAAUGGGAAAGGCCGGGUGCGGUUUAGACCGCCCCCAGCUACAAACUUCUGGAGAAGACUACGUUGGCAAAUCGAGUUGCCAGAUGGACGCAAAACGGAUAUCAAAAUAUCGCUAGUGUCUGAGGAUAGAGAUAAUAGUAUUCCGAGUCCGGUGCACCCAGAUCAGCUCUAUCCGGCGGAAUUGGAAAUACCAGUAUCAAUGCUGGAUUUUGGCCCCAGGACAGGUCCCAUGGCCAUGCUUUCUAUGCGACGUUUUAAACGAAGCCAGAAUGUGUAUCUCAGGUUGCACGUUGACCUCAGGAACCGAAAACUGCUGGUUUUCUUUCCAGUAGCACUGCAUACGACCCAGAAGGAAUCCAGUAACCAAACCAUCUAUUCCCACUUUCGGCUGAAAGUGCCUUUCGCUCAGCUAACAACGCUGUACCAAAACCGCGACGAUUCUACCCAAUCUUUGUCUCACAUGAUUCAUUUCGACAGUCCACCUAUCUACGAUCGCCAUCUUCACAAUGUUGAAAGCACCUUUGACAGCCUUGACGCGGAAAAUUCCUGGAGAGAAAUGGAUUGUUGGUACCGCCAGACGGAUAUCGUCCAUCGCUACGCUGCCGCAGGGCAGGAUGACAGGGUCCGCCAGGCAGCUUCGGACAGGCUCCCCAUUAGUCUGCGCAAGCGGAAUCCUAUCAUCGAUAUUGGGCGUUGGAAUACAAUUCGAAUCACUUACGACAGGGAUACGAUCCAGUCAAAUGAAUUUAAGCUACUGUGCAAUGCUUUGAGAGACUUCAAUCUUGAAAUCAAAGAGAGCAAUGAGUUCCAGCUCGCCAUCCCACAGAUUCAGCCAGUGCCAGUCAUAUGGGAUAUUUGUGAUGAGCCUGAGAAUUCACAAACAGCUCUUCAUGAGUUGAUCCGCGAUUCGUUUGUCGGUCUGCCAUUUGCUAUUCGAUAUCAACUCGAAGUGUGCAUUUCACAUGGCUACAUUAGCGAAUACAAUGCUGCUAGUGAAGUUUUUGUGCGCAGGUUGAGAGAUAUGGAUGAGAGCAAAGCGCUCACGUUAUUGGAACAUGUCGCCACGGAGAAGAAGGUCUACUGGGAUCCCAUGAAGAUAUUCGGCAUUUUGUUCCCAAGGGCUGCUACCAGAAGAAUCAUUCCCAAUUACUGCUGCAUGAUUCACACAGCCACGGUGACCCCUUCAACGAUUUACUGGAACACUCCAUCGAUGGAAAUCACCAACCGUGUUCUACGCCGGUAUUCAGAACAUAGUGAUCGGUUUCUGCGGGUUCGAUUCAGAGACGAGAAAUUUGAAGGCAGAAUAAACUCAACCAAUCAUAACACUAUAGACGAAGUUUUCAAUCGCAUCAAGCACACAAUGACCAAUGGAAUCAAACUUGGCGAUCGAAAGUACGAAUUUCUUGCUUUUGGUAAUUCUCAGUUUCGCGAACACGGUGCAUACUUCUUUGCCUCCGAUGCACAUGUAAGCGCAGCCAACAUUCGUGCAUGGAUGGGGGAAUUCUCGGAUAUUAGGAACGUUGCCAAAUACGCAGCAAGGCUAGGUCAGUGCUUCUCAACCACGCGAGCUGUGCAUGCCUGUCGGGUUCACCUGGAACGCGUUCCUGAUGUUGUACGGGGAGGGCACACUUUCUCAGAUGGGGUUGGAAGGAUCUCCAACUUUCUUGCCCAGAUGACACAACAGGAACUCAAGAUCCGAACCCCAGACCGAGACCCGCCAUCUGCAUAUCAAUUUCGUCUAGGAGGUUGUAAAGGGAUGCUGGUGCUUUCAGCGCAAGCACGUGGGCGUGAAGUGCAUAUUCGCCCAAGUCAGGAGAAGUUUCCGGCUACACACCAAGGCCUUGAAAUCAUUCGUUGGUCACAGUUCUCAAUGGCUACCUUGAAUCGUCAGCUCAUUUCCGUUCUCUCUUCGCUUGGAGUUCCAGACAAAGCAUUCCACAAGAAACUACGCAAGAUGGUCUCAAACUUAGAAGAAGCCGCUCAUGACGAGAAAGCUGCUAUGCGGCUUCUUCAGAAAUAUGUCGAUCCAAACCAAAUGACUCUUGUCAUCUCGCAAAUUGUGUCCGACGGAUUUCUCGUAUCAAAGGAUCCGUUCGUGACAUCGAUCUUGACGUUGUGGAAAGCAUGGCAAAUAAAGUACUUGAAAGAAAAGGCAAAGAUUGUCAUUGACAGAGGGGCAUGUGUCCUCGGUGUGAUGGAUGAGACGGCUACCUUGCAAGGAUUCUCGUACGCGAAAGCAAGAGCCCAGCAUUCAUCAUUAGAAGACAAACUCGCCGCUCUUCCAGAGAUUUUCAUCCAGGUAUAUCGCGCCGAUGAGAAGGAAUAUAAAGUGAUUGAAGGGGUUUGUUUACUGGCCCGCAACCCGUCGCUCCAUCCUGGAGACAUCCGAGUCGUCCGGGCAGUCAACCGAGCAGAGUUGACCCAUCUCAAGGAUGUGGUUGUUCUCCCACAGCUUGGUGAUAGGGAUGUUGCAAGCAUGUGUUCCGGAGGUGACUUGGAUGGUGAUGAUUACUUGGUUAUUUGGGAUGAAGACCUUCUCCCCUCUGAAUGGUUCCGUCUCCCCAUGGACUACACUCCCAUCAAGGGAUUCACCCUUGACAGGCCGGUCACAGUCAACGACAUCACUACAUUCUUCGUGAACUAUAUGAAGAAUGACACUUUGCCCAAGAUUGCUCAUGCUCAUGUCGCCUGGACCGACUUCCUUCCAAAAGGGGUAGAAGAAGCAAAAUGUAUUCGUCUGGCUCAGUUGCACUCAAAUGCUGUGGACUACAACAAGACAGGAGAGCCUGCGUAUCUUCCUCGAGAAUUACGCCCACGCAAAUGGCCCCAUUUCAUGGAAAAGAACUAUAAGCCCAAGGAUCAGAUAUACCACUCCAAGAAAAUCUUGGGACAGCUCUACGACGCUGUGGACCGAGUUGACUUUCAUCCCGACUUUGAAAUGCCCUUUGAUAAGCGAGUCCUGGAGUGCGGAAUUGCCAUUGAUGAAGAGACGAGAAAUUUUGCCAAAGAACUCAAAAUAAGCUACGAUGUUGCUUUGCGACGCAUCAUGGCGCAGCACGAGAUCCACACCGAGUUCGAAGUAUGGACGACCUUUGUUCUCAGCCACUCUGAUCAAAGCAAGGACUACAAAUUCCAUGAAGAGCUUGGUAGAAUGUCCGAAUCGCUCCGAGACCGCUUUCGAGGCGAAUGUUACAACAAAGUUGGAGGGCGUGACUUCAAACAAAUUGCUCCGCUGGCGGUCGCAAUCUACAGCAUCACUAAUGACGAGGUUGUUACAGCGCUGACCGAAUUUCGCAAAAAGAAUCCAAACGUGACUUCCAAGCCCAAGCCAGAUGGCUUUCCUCUAAUUAGCUUUGCUUGGCUCUUCCCAGACAUUCUAGGUAGAGUUGCAUUACGUUACUUCGACGAGCGAAAGGAGGAAGCUGUGAGCAGAGGCGAAAAAAUUAACAUUGUUAGUGACAUAAAGCUGCAGGAAGGGGAAGUCGUCAGCAGAAGUUCCUUCUGUAGUGAUAUGCCUUUGAUUGACCUAAGCUUUCCCCCCUCUCCACCUGACACAGACACAUUCACCGAGACUAAAUCAUUGGAAGGGAUAUUCGAGGCCAUUGAUGAGGAGACGGGAGCCGAAAUAAUUGAAGAGAAAGUGCAGAUAAUGCCUAGCGCCAUUGACAUCCUCGAGGAUAUGCUUUUGGACUCGGACUCGGACGAGCAAGAUUCAGCUUGA